GCAUGUUGAAUGACGGAACAAACCCUUCAGUGAAUGGAUUUAAUGAAGAUAUUGUAUUAAUUCCAUCAUAAUAGACUUUUGACCGGAGUUUAAACUUACAUUUACGGUUAACGGGGUAAAAGUCGUUCAAAAGUUAUAUUAGUUGAUCAAAGUGCUUUUGGCCACCCGGAUCUACAUGUUAGAUGUCGGAUUAUACAAUCUUUUGUUUUGUGGACAGGAAAAAAAUAUUACGAGUGUUAAAAUGAUUUAAAAAAGGAUUAAAAAACUACUUAACUUGAAUGGCAAAUUUGAUUUUGUAUUAAAAAUAAAAUAAAGUAAAGUCUAUGUGAUAUUAAAUUCCAUGAAUCAUUUUUGAUAUAAAUAGCAUUCAUAAGAAUAUAUAUCAUUUUAAAUUUGUGUGGAAAAAAACGAUACAGGGGAAAUUUAUACAUAUAAUUCGACUUUAGAAACACAAAGGCUUAAAACAUUAUCAACAAGAAAAAAAUGACGGGAAAUAUAGGAAAUGCUACUAAAGUUGUUAUGAAUAUAACACUUGCAUCUUUUAAGGAAAUGGACAGACACACCUCCAAUGUAUCUAACAACGAUACUGUCAAGAAAACACUGACUAUAGAUAUGUUUAAAUCACCACCAUUAAAAGUUGAGGAAAUUGCAACCCUACCAUUCUAUUCCCUUAUAUUCAUUUUGUCUGUAGUGGGGAACCUACUUGUCAUUAUAACAUUAAUACAAAAUAAGCGAAUGAGGACCGUUACCAAUGUGUUCCUACUGAAUUUGUCUGUAAGUGAUUUGCUGUUGGCCGUAUUCUGUAUGCCGUUCACCAUCGUUCCAGUAAUGUUGAAGAAUUUUAUAUUUGGAGCGACAAUGUGCAUUUUGAUAAGAUAUAUGCAAAUUAUAUCUGUGUCAGUAAGCUGUUUCACACUGGUUGCGAUUUCCAUGGAAAGGUACUUUGCAAUAUGUCGCCCUUUUAGUUCGAGAAAAUGGCAAACGUUGAGUCAUUCCUACAGAACAAUUGCUGUCUGCUGGAUUGCAGCGUUCAUCAUCGGCGUUCCUACAGCAAUCUUCAACAAAUACACCUUACGUCAACGUGGAAAUGCAACUUGCAGAGAAGUAUGGCCAGAUCCGUUAUGGUACAAAAUGUACACUGUAUUUUUGGACAUCAUACUUCUGGUGUUGCCUAUAAUAAUAAUGACACUAUCCUAUUGCACAAUUGCCUACACUUUAUGGAGCGGCAUGCAGAUGGACAAACAGGAAAUUGAGGCACAAAACGGCAACGGGGCCAUCUUUAAAUUAGACAGCGUGCGCAAGAAUGAAUCUACAAUCAAGGACGGUUUCGGCCGCACAAUUGGACCGAGCGAUUUGGAUGAAUUGAAUAAACCAAUAAAAGCUUCGACCAAAGCGAGAUUUGUCACUCGCACUGGUAUAAGACAAACAAAUAACGAAAGGAGUAGAGCCGCGAAAAAGAGAGUUAUAAAAAUGCUAUUUGCUGUCGUUUUAGAGUUUUUCGUGUGCUGGUCACCAUUGUUCAUUUUACAAACUUGGAUGACUUUUGACAUAAAGCAUGCGACCGAGAAUCUAUCCCAGUUUAUCCUGACAUCCACGUAUGUUCUAGGAUAUAUAUCAUCAUGUUGUAAUCCCAUUACAUACUGUUUCAUGAACAAAAACUUCCGCAAUGGGUUCAAGUCGGCCUUUCGAUGUUGUUACCGCGGUAGUGUUAGGGGAAGGAAUGAAAUGCCUUCAUAUUUUCAACAAAGCACAACCAGGACUGGUGUUAGCCACGCCAUGUCGUACGACAAAGUCAACACAAAAGAUGAUUCAGACGAGUUGUGAAGAAACAUUUACUGUGUAAUAUGAGUCUCAGUUUUGUUUAAAACAACAAAUGUGAUUUAUAUAAAACAUUUGCUACCUGAAGUGACGUAAUUUUAAGUCAAUGCAGAGGUUAAGACGAUGUGUAUCAGUUAAAUACAUUUAAUUGGAGAUUAAAUAAUCACAUGUAUUAUAAUCGUGAUGACAUUGUAAGUGCUUUUCCACAAAAUAAGUCUAAAUAGAGGAAUGUGUUCAAUCUUAAGAUAACUGUUAAAUACCAAUCCUUGACGCCGGAUUUCUUUUCAUUUUAGUAAUUAUGUGGAAAAGAAUCGAAGCUUUUCAGAGUCAUAAAACUCGAAGCGAUGUGUUAGGCCUGUGGAAACUAUAAAAAACAGAUGACAUAUAAUGUUAAGGUUCUUGUGCUUGUGCUGUAACAAUCAUAUAAGUUUCUUUUAUUUAAAUUUGAAUUUAAGAAACUCUAAUAUUUAUUUUAUAAAUAUAUGACACAUUUAUGCUCUCGCAAAACUGUACUAUUUCAAGAUAGUCUUUGAUAUACAAAUCAUACUUGUUAACUCAAUUCGAUGGGAACAACGUAAACCGUUCUCGUUAGCCAUUGUUCGACUUAAAACAAAGUGAAACUUGUAAAAUAAUAUAUAUGAAUGACUUAAGCGGAAAGUCAACUUAAGAGGGUUUGAGUUAUCCAUUUAAGAUGAUUCUGAACCAUCCGAUUGACGGUUAUUUAUUCAGAAAAGUUCGUAAUAUCAUUCAGAAAUAUUGUUAUUGCCUGACAUGUUUUAGUGUGAAAAUGUUAAUAUCUUGUCUCGCACUUUAUAUUGGGAAAUUUUGUGCCUGACAAGACGAUAAGGAAUGUACAUGAUUGUAUAAAACAAAUCAAUUCUGUAAAAUGUACAUGUGACUCAUAUUGCCAAGAUAAAUAAUUGUGUGAACAAUGUACCCCAGUUUCGUUGAUUUGUGCUUUGAGUAUAAUUAUUAUAAAAUAAGUAAUUUAAAUAAAAGCGAUAAAGUACAAAUGCAUCCACUAUCCUCUAUAUUUCCCAUCGUUCUAAAAUGUUAACAUUUUGGCCUGAACAAAAAUGUCGACAUGGAUUUGC